AAGCAUUUUAAACUAGAUCUAUUUCUCUCUUAGAUUUACUAUCUAUGAUUGUGCAGUGUUCCUCUCUCCUGUUGCAGUAUUGUAUUGAUAGCUCUGUUUCGAUAUAGGGUCAUGAUGCCUCAGUCUCGUAACUCCGACCUCCAAAUUGGAAGGGUACCCUUCGAUACUUUGUUCCAAAUGGCUACUUCAUGUACAAGAGGUGGGACACUUAUAGUGCACGGAUCAUGGCCGAGGUAGACUCUGAGGACUUUGAACAGAAGACGCCUCCUCUGUCAGUUACUAUCAAGGCCAUCCUUGAACGGUAUCCUGAUGGCCAGAUCUUCAAGGAAAUGAUCCAGAAUGCUGACGAUGCUAGAGCCAAGAAAGUGUGGUUCUAUGUUGAUGAAAGACAGCAUGGUAGGUCUAACCUCCCUCACCCUGGCUUAGCCGACUUCCAAGGCCCAGCUCUAGUGGCUGCCAAUGACGCGUGCUUCACAGAUGAGGACUGGCAAGGAAUACAGUGUUUGCAACAGAGCAUUAAAGCUGAGGAUCCUUUUAAAGUUGGAAGGUUUGGGAUUGGAUUCAACUCUGUCUACCAUAUCACUGAUCUGCCAAUUAUCAUCAGUGGACAACAAUUAGCUUUCUCUGACCCUCAGCAGAAAGUGCGGAAGGGGAAAGGUGGACAAAAAUUUCGUUUGACUGAUCUUAUCAGUACCUCCUCGGAUUUUAUUUCACCACUUAACGGUUUAGCUGGUUUUGACGAAAGUUCAGUAAGAGAUGUCGGGUAUCCAAAGACAAUCUUUCGUUUACCUCUUCGCACAGCACCAUCUUGUCUUUCAGAAAAUGUCCAGAACACUAAAAAACUGCAAAAUCUGCUUGAAAGCCUUAGAGAAGAGGCAAAAUAUUUACUCCUAUUUUUGAAGUCAGUGUGCAAAAUUGAAGUUCUUCACAUAUCUCAGGACGGUGACCAAAGCAUGUUGUUCUCUGUAGAAAUUGCUCCUGAUAACCUAGCCAGGGUCAUAUCCAGACGCGAUUCCUUUAUGCAGCAGCUUAGAGACUCUUAUAGCCGACAGCAAUAUUCUAUAUCUAGUGUCAUCUCUUACACAACUACAUUCUCUGUUGUUGUAACAGACAACAGUCAAACUAGUAACAAUCAAGCAGGCACUAGCAGCUGGCUGAUAGCUAGCAGUGUUGGAUCGGCUGAUGUUACAGUGCAAAAAGCUGCAGCCAAGCAGCAUACAUUUCCAUGGGUUGGCACUGUGUUAGAAUUGGGAGAUAAAAGGACAUCUUUACAGGGCCACAUUUUUUGCUUUCUCCCUAUGCCAGUAGAGAAAUCAUCAGGUCUCCCUGUGCAUGUCAAUGGAGCGUUUGGGCUCAGUGAUGAUAGGCGUAGCCUGAAGUGGCCUGGAAGUGAGAGAAAGAAUGAUGCGACCGCAAACUGGAACAAAAUCCUCGUCAACCAACUCCUUCCACCUUGUUACGUAAUGCUCCUCUCUGAAGCCAAGAAUCACUUAACUCCAGAGCAAUUCUACAAUGCCUGGCCUGAUGCAAACGAGUUAAAAAAAUCAAGGCACGAAUUCAGUGAUAUUCUCCAGCCUAUGUUUAUUUUGUUGUUCAAGCUACCAGUUGUUUGGACUAAGAACGCAGAAAAUCACGAGAUGAUGGGAGACUGGAUUGAAGCAGAGAAAGCCACAUUUAUCAACCAGAGUAAGAAACCUCCACUUCCACACAUUAUGAAACACGUUCUUUCUAAUUGUGGUGUCCAGCUUGUUUCUGUUCCUCCAAUAAUCUGGAAAGCAAUUGAGUGUGCUAAGUUAAAGAUCAAGGAGAUGUCACAAAUGUUGGCUCGAGCCAAACUACGCUCCAAGCCUGGAAGCUACUCUACUGUUAACCCUGUUAACAAGAAGGAGAUUCUUUCAUAUUGUCUCUCUGACAGAUGCUACAACGAUCUCUGUGGAUUAGAUCUCCUUCCCCUUUCAGAUGGAAGCUUUACAAGCUUUGAUAAACAAGCAGUGUAUCUUUGCUCACCUGACUGUCCACGCUCUCUGCUACCUACCUUGGAUAACAAGCUAGUAGAACUAUCAGAGAUAGAAACAGAAACAGGCCUUUAUGACAAUCUCAGACAAGUGGCUGCAUCCCAGCAAACAAAACUGAAUGUUCUCACUGAGAAAGAAGUUGCUGAUCUCCUCAAACAAGCCCUUCCUUCCGACUGGAGAAAAAGCAGCCUCGUGCCAAUGCCCCACCCUCAGUUACCCCCCACCUGGCUCAAAACAUUCUGGACUUGGCUCAAAGACAAGAAUCUGCAACUCUUCCAAGAUCAACUGCUUGUUCCAUGCUACAGUUCUACUUCUAGCUCUUCAACAGGUUUUCAUUUGGCUCCUCUUAGCAGUGCUCAGCCAGUGGUUUAUGUGAGCUCUACGUUUUCUUGCUCAAGUCAUGCAGAUCUAGUCUCUGCUCUAUACAAAAUGAAUGUUAGAGUUUGCCUCCAAAAGAAGUUCAACUUUGUACAGCACAAAAGUAUAUCAAACUAUAUGAAGCAAAUUUCUAACGUCAACAAUGUUGUUGAUGCAAUAGCUACUCAAGGUUCAUACACCGAGAUUGAUUUCACUUCUGAAGAAGCUCACAGCAUGAGGGAACUCUUUACUCUAGGACCUUCUUCUCUCUCAGCUUCCAGAAAAGAGGUAUUGCAAAAUGUAGCUAUAUUUUCCUCUGCUUCAAACUCUUUAGGAAGGUUACACUCUGUGACCACAGCUGCAUCAACUUCUAUUGUAAAGAAAACUUUGGGAGAACAUAGUAACUGUGCUAUUAGCAUAUCCAACUUCCCAGCUGACUUUGUUCUUCUUUCUUGUGAAGAUUAUCACCAAUUGAAACUUUUGCAAACCUUGAAGAUUCCAUUCCCUACAGAUUAUAGAUUGCUGAAUGACUACAUUUUCCCACUCAUUCAAAGGGGGUCUUUCCCAGAUCACCUAAUUGACAAUCUCAUGGCCCAAGUAUUGGACAGGUUUCAAAUUUUAAAUUUAUCGGAACACGGUACAAAUUUAGGAGUUUAUCUUCAGACAUUAUCCUUUGUGAAAACAAGGCAUGGCCGGAAAAGUCCUAUUGAACUAUUUGAUCCAUUCAAUGAUGAUAUUGCAGCGUUGUACAACAAAGAAGAUGUGUUCCCAUUGACUCCAUAUAAGACACCUCACAGAAUUGAAGUGCUGAAAUGCUGCGGCCUUCAAACAACAGUGACGCCCCAACAAGUACUAGACGUUAUCUAUUCCAUUAGCUCCUCUUCCACCUCUACCCCACAAGAAGUUGACUGCACUAAACUCUCUAGAGCUAAUGCCAUUCUCCAGUAUUUUGGAACACGUACAUUCUCCACUCAACCAACUGGAUAUUUUCGUGUGCCUAAGUCAUCGGUAAAAUACUUUUUCUUUGAUGCGUUAAAACACCUAACUAUCAGCAGGAGCUGGCUUCCAAUUACCUUUGAGAAGCCACUUGGCUACCCGAAGGAGCUUCCCUGGAAAGGAGAUGGCCAUUCCUCUCACUUUGUAUCUUUGAGCACCCCAAAAGUUGUUCUUUCAUCAUCUGCUGACUCUUGCCUGGUAGGCUCACAGGUAUAUGUUGUAACUACUGUGCCUUCGAAUGUUUCAUCAUUUUUAGCAACUGAUACUGGCCAGUUUACACAACAUGUCGUUAAUCAUUUUACAGCAACGAUUAAUUGCAGGGCUCGAUUAUCAACUGAUGCGAUGGACUCUUUUGUCCAUAAAGUGUACAACUACAUGAACGGUCAAAGUAUGUCAAAUUUGAAACGGUUAUAUGAUUUAAACGAAUGGAUUUAUAUCAGAAGAGAUGCUAAGUUCGUUUCGUCGUCUGUAGUAGCUUUAAAGAAGAAUUCCACAUUUAGACGAGAUCUAGAGCCUUUUGUUAACAUUCUUCCAGAUAGCUUGUCUUGUUACAGACACUUGUUUAGUUUACCUUCUGGUGUUGAGCAAGAUGUUACUAACUCACAGAUUCUGUCGAUCCUUUCAACAAUAAAAGACGAAACUGACCCUAGGUGCCGAAAAACCAGUGCAGAAAAUGCCUGGGACAUUGUUCUAGCUAUACUGAAUUGGUUCACCAAGAAUGGUACUAAGAAAGUCACAGACAAUACCUAUGUUCCUAUAGAGUCUGACUCAGAGUGGCCACAGUUAGAGCGUGCCUCAGAUGUAGUAUUCACUAAUAACGAGUUUAUGAGAAACUACUUUCAAGCAUCCGAAGAAAAAGAUGAAUAUGUUUUUGUGCAUGAAUGCAUUGACACCAAGUUGGCAAGAGCCCUAGGAAUACGAACAUUAUCAGAGUCAUUAGACAUAUCUGAGGAUACAUUUGAGGAUGUUGGGCAGACUGAGCCUUUAGUUGAUCGUCUCGUAAAUAUUCUCAAUGAGUACAAAGAUGGCAUUACCGUUAUUAAAGAACUUUUACAGAAUGCUGACGAUGCUAAAGCUACUGAAUUUAACAUUUGUUAUGAUGCUAGAUUGCAUGAAACAGAUCCGAAGACGCUGUUUUUUCCAGGAAUGGCAUUAACUCAUGGCCCUGCUCUUAUCGUCCAUAACAACAGCAGUUUCACCAAUGAAGAUUUCACAAACAUUACAAAGUUGGCUGGAGCAACAAAGGCGAACGAAAAGCUCAAGAUUGGUAAGUUUGGAAUCGGUUUCUGCUCUGUCUACCACAUGACAGAUGUGCCGUCGUUUAUUAGCCAAGAUAGACUAUUCAUUCUUGAUCCAACACUGUUAUAUCUCAGAAAAGAAAUCAGUAACCCUGCACAGCCAGGAAAGAAGAUCAGGAUUACAAGCAAAUUCAUUUCUGGAUCAAAACAACUUGCUCCCUACGAUGGACUGUUUGGAUUUAACUCACAUUCUGAGUACCAAGGAACUAUGUUCAGGCUCCCUUUCCGCACACUUCCUAGUGAUUUGAGUACAACCUGCUACACUAACCAAACUGUUCAGAACCUAGUUACUGCAAUCAGAAAGAGUGCCUCAAACUUACUACUGUUUCUACAACAUGUGAAAACUAUCACCUUCCAGCAAAUCAAUCCUGGACAGAACCAACCGGAGGUUUUGCUAACAAUUCACAAAGAGUGUGUUCCUCUGCCAAUUCCUCUUUCCAAUACUAAGAUAAAGAAACUCACUUGCAUUGAAAAUAACUUGGACAAAUGUACCAGCUGUGAUUGGCUGGUGUCACAACAAAAGAGUGAGACAGAUCAACACUACCACACUGCCUCUGUAGCCUGUCCCCUAGGCUCGCAGCCUAGUUGCUACAAAGUAGAUGCUGAAUUUCAAGGAGAAAUUUUUUGCUUCUUGCCACUUUCCCAGCUAACAGGUCUUCCGGUCCACGUAAGCAGUAACUUUGCUGUCAUGAACAAUCGUCGCGGUAUUUGGACUUGCACUUCUGAUCACGAUACCUCUGAAACAGAUGUUGAAGUAAUUUGGAAUAUAAAGCUAAUGGAAGGAGUCAUACCCCAAGCAUAUCAUUCCAUUCUUGUUGCUUUUAAAGAGAUGGUGAAGAAUAAUUUACUGGAGGAGUACACCUUUCAUUCCCUUUGGCCAAAAAUGAGAAAUCUCCUACAGCAUAACCCUUGGUCCAACAUGUUAGUCAACCUCUACCCAUUGAUUGCAAACAGCUGCUUAUUAUAUUCCGACUAUUCAAAGCACUGGAUGUCUGUGCCUGAAGCCAAUUUCCUUGGCACUGGUUUGCUUACUUUGUCAGAUAGCGAUGCAACUACUUCACCUGAUUGUGUUGUUAGAGUUCUUCAAAAACUAGAUGUACCACUAGUUGUUCUUCCAACAGAAUAUUACUCUAUGUUUUCCUGCAAUUUAAAUAUGAUGGAUGAAGCAACCUUCACAGACUUGUUUUUUGAUCACCUCUCGGAUUUUGACGACAUAUUUGAGGAGAGAAAUGUGGUCAUAAGACGCAUGCUUGAAAUCUUUGCUUCAGAACAUGAUGACUUCACUCAGCGAAGUUACAACCUACGCUCCCAUUUGGAAGACAAUGCUUGUAUUCCUUGCACUUCAGAUGGCACAGUUUUCAGAAUGUGCACUCACGUCAUUGAUCCUAAUGCUACCUUUGCACAGUUAUUUGAUGAAAGUGACAGCUAUUUUCCAAUCAAAGAGUUGACUGAACGACACUUAGCAAUGACUGCCUUGCACAAACUGGGGAUGAUGAGCAAGACAAUUCCUUGGAACUUGCUUUUAGAGCGUGCCAAAAUGGUUCUGUUACUUCAUCAAACUGAUGAGAAAAAAGCUCUGUCUCGUGUGAAGCUAAUCAUCAAUGCUGACACUGAAGGAGAACCUCCAACCACAGGAACAACUCUUGAUUCGAUACCAUUCCUUCCAGUGGUUGCCACGUCACCAUCACCGACUUACCCUCUAAGAUGGAAAGGGGAAGGUAAACAUCUGAUGUGUGGAAAAGAGCUAGUGAGAAUUGGAAAUGCCCAUCUCACAGCAGGCAGUCAUGUCUGUUUUGUGUCUGAAUCAGAGCCAGACGAAGGUGGCUGUGGACAUAUAUCAGCCAAAAUGUUCAGAAUUCUGAAUGUUCGAAAGUUUCCCACCGUUGACCAGGUAGUUAGCCACUUCAAGAAACUAGUGGACUACAUAAAACACGAGCGAACUUUGACACAUGAGCUACUUUCCUGGACAACCAAAUCAUGCCAAACUAUUUACAAAUUUUUUAAUGAGCUAUUGCAAGAAUCGUCAAAUGCUUCCAUCAAUGCUUAUAAUUCACCAAGCAUAAUUGUACCAAAAGUUGACAUUUCUUCUUUGAACUCUAUCUCGUGUGUAUGGACUGGUACGGAAUUUGUUGAACCAAAUGUGGUAUUUAAAAAUUGGACCAUGUCAGGUCCAUACAUUUACUCAAUUCCUCAAAAUCUCACAAAUGCAACACAUUUGAUAGAUGCCAUUGGAAUCAGGGAAGCGCUAAGAUUUGAAGAUAUCCAAAAAGCGUUGUACAAAAUGAAAAACGACUUUCAAGAACAGCCUGUAAACGAGGCUUGUAAAAUACUACUGAACAAUUUAGUUUCAUCGCUCCAAAAAAUGAUCAAUGAUAUUCCUGAUCCUUCAGAGGAUAUAGAUCUAUUACUUCCCGGAGAAGACUUUGUGCUGCAUUUAUCACAUGAACUGUCCUAUAAUGACGCAGCCUGGCUUCCAAGAGAUGAUCAAUACUUAUACAUCAAUAGUAUGUUAUCUAGGGAGCUAGUUAACAAACUAGGAGUAAAGCUUGUGAGGAGCAGUGUGCUCGGAGAAUUUGUGAACCCUACCAAUGAUUUCGGAAUUCCAUUCGGACAACACGAAGACUUAACACAAAAGAUACAAAACAUUUUGCGAGAGUACCCAUUUGAUAUCACCAUUUUAAAAGAGCUGCUUCAAAAUGCUGAUGAUUCGAAGGCUACAAAGAUGUUUAUUAUACUAGACAGAAGAACACAUGGAACUGGCAGUGUUCUCUCUGAAAACUGGGCUGAACUUCAAGGACCAGCUCUAUUGGUGUGGAAUGAUAAAGAGUUCACAGAAGCAGAUUUGAAAGGCAUUCAAAAACUUGGUCUUGGCAGCAAGCGUUCAGCCAAUGAAAGCAUUGGCCAGUUUGGCAUUGGUUUCAAUGUGGUGUACCACCUCACUGACUGUCCCAGUUUCAUCACUGGUGGAGAGACUAUGUGUGUACUGGACCCACACUGCAAGUACGUGCAUGGUGCCACAUUGGAUAAUCCUGGAAUGAGGUACGACCAACUAUCUCAAAAAGGCUUCUGGAAAAAGUUUCCGGAUAUGAAGGCAGCAUUUCUUCGAGAAGAAAUUCCAAAUGCGCCUAACUUGUCAAGAGGUUCACUAUUUAGAUUUCCACUGAGAUCCACUGAGAAACUUGUCACUGAGUCAAAAAUAAUCAACCAUAAUUCCAGCAGCAACGAGUCCCAUCUCAUAACAGAUGUCAUUAUGAGUCGUAAGCUUACUGAGUGGGCUCCCAAAAUAAAACACGCACUGCUGUUUCUCAAUCAUAUACGUGAGCUGCAUUUCUGUGAAAUUGAAGAGACUUCACACGGUGCCAAUUUUAAGAGUUACAAACAUUUCACAACAAUUGUUGAUGAAACUGCACAAGAAAAGAGAGGCACUCUUCACUCUGUCAUAUCUGAUUGCAACAAAGCCAAUACUGUUUCCUCUGUCAUCAAGUACCCUCUUACUGUUUGCGAAGUAACACAUCACACGUAUAAAAAAGACCAACAAACAGAGAAGUGGCUCAUUCAACAAGGUAUAGGAGAUGUGGGAAAUGAGUGCCAAGACUGGAAAAUUAAAUCUGUUAAACCAAGACAUGGACUUGCUUCACCUCUGGACCUGAUUAAGUCCAAACAGCCCGCAGACUCGUAUUACGGCCAUGGUCGUUCUAAGACUAGCCCGCCUAAAAUAUUCAGUGGCCAAGUAUUCUGUUUUUUACCCCUUCCUCUACAUUGCAAACUACCAGUUCACAUUAAUGGUAACUUUGCUCUCCAUACAAAUCGGAGAGAUCUGUGGCAUUCAACCACUCCUGGUGAAAUGGACGUCCAGGCAGAGUGGAAUGACUCCCUAUUCCAAGCUAUUGCCUCUUCCUAUACCAAUUUUUUAUGUGCUGCUCAAACUGACUAUGUUACUUCUCAUUCUUAUGAACAAUAUCACGAUGCCUUGAAAGAGGUUAGUCGAUACUAUGACGUGUUCCCUUCCGCAAAGCCUAAAGAUCUCGUUGAUCCUUACCUGCAACUUGCUAAAAAUGUGUACAAAGCAUUUGUGCAAAACAAUGCAGACAUUUUGUCUGUUAUUACACCUGAAUUGUCAAAUGGGCAAGAAAUUUUCAAAGUCUCAUGGCACCCUGUAAAGAGUGAAGAUCCGUCAACUCAGGUUCACUUCUGGAAAAAUCUUGAUAAAGAUAAAUCGCUUAUUUUUGAGAGCAUUGGUAUGAAGCUCACUAAAGCACCCACUAAAAUCCAAGAUUGUAUCAAUGCCCAAUUUGAUGAGGACGAAGAGAGGAUAAAGAGUACAACUCCAGAAACAGUGUUUCAGUACUACAAACAAUUCAGCCAUCAAGUCAUCGACAAAGGAACAUUCCCGUGUGCACUGAAAAGCACUGUUUUCAAAACAAUGACAAAUUUUUUGAUAUUUCUUAAGUAUGUGCUCAAACCUUCUGACGACGACCCAAAAAUCUUCACCUUCCCAGACUAUCCAAUUGGCUGCCCUCUUAUCGUCACAGUAGAUGAAACUCUUAGGGAACUUCAUCAGAUUGACAAAGUUAUUAGAUCCAAUUUUUACACUGUCUUCCCAAGAAGCUCUGAUAAAUUUUUGCAUCCAGUUUUGCUGGAAGUAUCUUUACCUAAAGAGUUGUUUAUGUGUGUCAAUAGCACACCAACAAAUGGGCUUCAACAGCUUGCAGUUACUACAGACAAUUCCGAAACCGAAAAUACCGAAGAUAUGCCCGAAUUUUCACUCGUUAAACAUGUACUAUCACAAGAGCUUCCUCAUGAGCUUCAAGAUUCGCAAAUUUGCACAGCUUAUGAGUCAUUAAUAUCUAAAGAGAAGCUACAAUCAAUUUGGGAAUGCCUGGUGGAAGAUGAUAUUUUCAAUUUUUGUCUGCAGACCCUGGUGAAUCAAUUUGCUCUCUUGCCUACAACCAGUGGCUCUGUGUACAGCACACGCACUAAAAUCAAGCCUGUCUAUUGUAUGGGCUCAGAGCCUCAGCGGGCUUUCCGAUACAGUGUAUCCCCAGUAGACAUUACUGGAGCCUUUCGCACAAUGAAGGAGCUUGGCCUACCUUUCCUGGAUGCUGAGAUUAUAGGCGAGGCAUCAAUCACAAGCUGUGCAACACUUUUUGAUGUAGACAUUAUCUUAGAGUAUCUCUGCUGCCUUCACGAGGAAAGUGACCUCACUAAUCAUCUUAAUAAGGAAGUGGUGGUGGUCUUAAUUAACUAUUUCAGAGCUGUUCAUUUCCGGAAAGACUUAAAUAGCUGCAUUCGAAUCAAGUCUUUACCUCUGUUUGAGAAUAUUGAUGGAACGUUCACAUGUUUGGAAGGGAAAACUGCUUAUGUAUGGCCAAGGAGUCUGUGUAAAACAGGAUACCAAAAAUGGUUGAAAAGAUAUGACAAUCAUGUUUUUCUUGAGCCAUUUGCUAGCUGGACUACAUUGGGAACUCCCGAUGAUCUACUAAUCAAAAAGCUGCCAGCUGAACAAGUCUACACUAAAUACAUCUUUCCAGCCUUUUCUGAGAUGAAUGAGAAAGAACGAUGCGAUCAUCUUAAGCAAAUUAAAGAUGAACUUUUUGAUCGCCUUUUCGACCACGAUUAUGCAGCAGCUCUGUUUUUUAAAAAUAGAUUAAUUGAUCUUCCCUGUAUUGGUGGGGAUAACGAAUUUCUGAGGCCUGUCAGAAAUUUUUGCGACCAUGAGUCUGAAGUUCUUCAAACAUUUAAAACUCGCCAUCGAUUUUUACCAGAUUCAUUCAUGCAUGACAAACCCCACUCUAAGACUUGGUUGACCUUUUUCAAACAAAUUGGUUUAAAAUGUUAUCUAACAACUGAUGAGUAUUUGGACCUCUGUAAAGCCGUUUCUAGAGGUCAACAUGAGGAUCCAAAAACAGCUUCUGAAAUUCUCAUCAAACAUAUGUUCUCUGAUGAAGUUAAAACAAAGCUUAAAUGGCAUGCCAAUGUAGGGUUUUUACACAGUGUCGCUGAUAUACCUUUUGUGUGUACUGAACAACAACCCAAGUAUGAAUGGAUAAGUCCAGCUGCUAAGCCAUGCAACAGAGUGAAGUCAGGUGACAAAUACAUAAGUAUGACCAAGCUAAGCGAGGCAACAUUGACAAAUCAGGCACACCUGUUAUGGACAGUAAAAUGUGUAGUUUCUAUUCCUGGAUAUUACAGUGUUUUGGCUAAAAUAGAAGAUGAGCAAAUGCUUAAGCACCUAAAACUAACUCAGACUGCAGAAACUUGCCUCGUGAUUCAAAAUGUCAGAAAUAUUUGUUUGUCUAGCAAGUUAGCUAGCCAUAAACUGUUUGAUCAAUAUCCUGAGUGUUUAAAAAAGCCGGAAAAUGGAGAAGAUCUUGUUUCAGUAAUGUGCCAGCACUUUGAGUUCAUUGCUUCUGAGCCGGAAUCAAACUUUGAUUAUAGUACCCUCACCGAACUCCGUUGUAUUCCUGUUCACAGUACUUUCGGCGAAAAUGUCAGGUGGCAGGUUGUGCUAAUAAAACCAUGUAAUGCUGUUGUCAACAUAUGCUCCGAAUUAGAGUUCUUUCAUCCAUUUAUUCAUCACUUGCCAUCCAAACUGGCGUCCAUUGAAUUUCUUGAAAAAAUCGGUGUUGAUAAAAAAUUGCAAAUUAAGCACAUGCAAAUUGUUUUUGAAGCAGCCCAUAAUAUCUCACAAGGAGACGAGUUGGAUGAAAACACUAAGAAAAGUGUUGUUGAAGCUGUUAAGUACUUGUACCGACUGCUGAAAAAAACACCCGAGCCUCAAUCUGCUCAACCUAUGCUAAAUCAAUUGGGAGAAGUUUCCUUAGAAACCCAACUGGAUCCUUUGUACUUACCAACUGUGCAGCACAAGCUUGGUUUGUCCACUGAGUUGGUGUAUGCUGAUGAUCCUAAUUAUCGUGGUGGAAUGCAAUGCCUGGACUUGAGCGACACAAACUAUCAAGAGCUAUCCAUAGAGUCUUCCUUGUAUAACUUCACUGAUACAAGCUUUUGUGCCCUCCUGCCCGAAUCAUUAAAGCCAGUUGGGCUUUCCCAAAUUUCCACCAUGCAUGUCGCCUCUAGCUGUGAGGAAGACUUGGAUGACAGUGUUAUUGUAAAACGUUUGAAGACCACUCUCUCCAUAGAGAUAUUAAGUAAAGGGUGUCUCUCGGUUGUACAAGGCAUAACCCACCGAAAGGGCAUAUACCAGGCACUUGAAACGCCGCUUAUUAGCUUUUUAAGCAAUGUGAACGUUGUUUCCAUGAAACGCUUAAAAACUUCUGUUGUCUUGAACACUAGCGGUCGAGAAAUAGGGGAAGCAAGAAUGCCAUGCUUUUUCAAAAGUACAAACUCAACACUGUACAUUGACUCUGAUUUGGAUUCAGGUGAGUCUGGAGAUGAACCAGUGAUGCUAGUACUAAGCCACAUCAUGUUGAUUAUUGAGAAAGAGAAUAUCCCUGAUGCAAAUUUGAGAGUAAUUGAGGGGUUACUAAGAAUGCUGCUGAAAGCUCAGUCAGCACAAAAAGUGAGAGAGAUUCUUAACAAAAAGGGGAUCGACCUAGAAGACAUUGCUAUGGAUAAAAUCGAAUUUCACAUAGGAUCAGAAAUACCUCAAUGCUGGAUACACCGUCUAGAUCAAAGUCCCGACAAUAUAUACCACUCUGGAGAAAAGAUUGGUUUUGAAGUAUUCCAUGGGCAUUUCAUUUUUGCUGAAGUUCUUGAUCCAGUUUUACCUGAAGGAUGCAAAGAUUUUGAGAAUGUGUCGCAUAUUGAAAUGCAGUAUCAAAUAUUCAUUACUGAAGACGAUGAAGAUGGCAAGAUUGUCAGUGUCCUCAACUUGUACAAGUUCCUUCGGUCAUCACAGCCACAGAUAGAAGAGCUGGCCCCAGACUCGAUGGAUAUCUUACCCUAUGAUGGUGAAACUUACGCUACCAGGAGGAAAUUACAAAGAGAAGACAUUGAAGACAUAAAAAAAGAACUCAUGGAGCAAUUGGACAGCAUAUGGAGGCUGACGGAAGAAGAGAAACAGAAAGCAAUUAAGCGUCUUUACUUAAAGUGGCAUCCAGACAAGAACCCUGAGAAUGAAGAUGUGGCUGAAGAUAUCUUCAAGUUUCUUGUAGCCGAAAUUGAACGAAGAGGUCAUGUGACGCUACCAAAAGCCAUGUGGGAUAGCGAGGCUAAAACACAUGGUUUCAAUUGGCGAUAUGAAUUUGAUCGGCACGGCAGACAACAAACAAGUGGUGGUAGCUGGUGGUGGAGUGGUGGUGGUGGUGGUGGUGGUGGUGGUGGUGGUGGUGGAGGAGGCGGAAGUGAAAGUCAAAGAAGAGACAGAACGUAUCAACCUCCGUUUGAUAGGCAUGAUUUUCAAAUUAAAGGCAAUCAAGUUGAAGGUAAAAGGUGGCUAAGACAAGCAGUGGUUGAUGAAAAGGUUUUACGGAUUAUUUUUGCUGCACUUUCUUCUGAACCAGAGAUUGCUUGUGCAGUUUGUUUCCAGGCUCAUCAGGUAGCUGAGAAAUCUUUAAAGGCAGGAAAAUUUUACGUUUUCGGUCUCUCUGAGAAAGCUCUAAAAACAUCCAAACUUGUCACUCACGCAUAUGGACUCCAGCAUGAACUUGGCAGCAAGGCAUCAGACCUGCCUGGUUUGUCAUCUCGACUAGAGGAUUAUUCCCAGAAGACACGUUAUCCUGACCAAUGCAACCCAACAACCAUUCCUGCCACAUUGUUCACUAGUGAGCAAGCUGCUAAUGCUAUACAAGACGCUCAAUCCAUUUUGACUGUAAUUCAGAACAUUGUAAUCUAAAGUUUAAGUUAAGAUAUUAACUUAGUAGUAAUGUACUGUUAUAUAUAGUCUUAAAGUAGUGGUGUGCACGUGAUAUUUAGGAUUUUUGGACAUCUUCAUAAUAAAGGAACAUGUUGCUAUAAUAGUACGUAUAAUACUGUGCUGAUUGCUGAGUUGUCAUUGUGAUUCAGUUUGUACUU